UCCUUCUUCCCCAUUUCUUCGUUUGAUCUCUCGACUCUCCUUCUCCCUUGACAGUUGACACAAUCUCUGUGUCUCAUCAGCUUUUGAUCUCCACCAUGGCCUUCGAAAAGAAGUUCCCUUUACAGACAAGCAACAAUGUCAAUGUUGCCAGCUCUCGACCCCCGGUCGCGCCCGGCAAAACCAUCGAAGAAACAUACCAGAAGAAGUCCCAACUUGAGCACAUCCUCCUCCGACCAGACACCUACAUUGGCUCGAUUGAGAAACACACUCAGACCCUCUGGGUCUACGAGGGUGGUGAGAUGGUGCACCGACCCGUCACCUACGUCCCUGGCCUCUACAAGAUUUUUGAUGAGAUCCUCGUAAAUGCUGCCGAUAAUAAGCAGAGGGAUCCAUCCAUGGAUUCAGUCAAGGUCGAUAUCGAUGUUGAACAGAAUUGUAUUAGUGUGUACAACAAUGGUGAUGGGGUCCCGGUCGAGAUCCACCAGGAGGAAGGAGUGUAUGUGCCGGAGAUGAUCUUUGGGCAUCUUUUGACGAGCAGUAAUUACGAUGAUACAGUGAAGAAGACGACUGGUGGGAGGAAUGGAUAUGGUGCGAAGCUGACCAACAUCUUCUCAACCGAGUUUAUUAUCCAGACUGCUGACGGGAGGAGGCAGAAGAAGUACAAACAGGUGUUCUCCAACAACAUGGGGAAGAAAUCAGAGCCCACCAUAACCAAAUGCAAGGAAGGCGAGAACUGGACCAAAGUUACAUUUAAGCCAGACUUGGCUAAGUUCAAUAUGACCCAUCUUGAAGAUGAUGUACUCGCGCUGAUGAAAAAGCGUGUCAUUGAUUUGGCGGGUUGUCUUGGUAAGACAGUCAAGGUUGAGUUAAAUGGGCAGAGGGUACCUGUGAAAUCAUUCCUUGAUUACGUCAAUCUCUACCUUCAAUCUGCUUCCAAAACCAGGCCAGAGUCCCUCCCAAGGAUCACAGAGAAAGUUAACGAGAGGUGGGAGAUCUGUGUGAGUCUAAGUGAAGGGCAGUUUCAACAGGUCAGCUUUGUGAAUGGAAUUGCAACAAUCAAGGGUGGGACUCAUGUCGACUAUGUUACAAACCAGAUUACGAACCAUGUGAUGACUAUAGUUAACAAGAAGAACAAGAAUGCCAACCUAAAAGCCCAUACUGUAAAGAAUCAUUUGUGGGUUUUUGUCAAUGCUCUCAUUGACAACCCUGCCUUUGAUUCUCAGACCAAAGAGACAUUGACAACUCGUCAGAACAGCUUUGGAUCAAAAUGUGAACUCUCACAGGAGUUCCUGAAAAAAGUGGCCAAGUCUGGAGUAGUAGAAAAUCUUCUCUCAUGGGCAGAUUUCAAGCAGAGUAAGGAUCUUAAGAAAACUGAUGGGGCAAAGAGACAGAGGAUCACAGGCAUUACUAAGCUGGAGGAUGCUAAUGAUGCUGGAGGAAAGAACUCUGAAAAAUGCACUUUGAUCUUGACAGAAGGAGAUUCAGCCAAGGCUCUUGCUAUGGCUGGGAUCUCUGUUGUGGGACGAAACCAUUAUGGUGUGUUCCCAUUGAGAGGCAAACUGCUCAAUGUGAGGGAAGCGAAUCACAAGCAGAUCAUGGAGAAUGCAGAAAUCCAGAACAUCAAACAGAUUCUCGGAUUGCAGCAUGGGAAGGAGUAUGACAGUGUCAAGUCACUCAGAUAUGGCCAUUUGAUGAUAAUGACCGAUCAGGAUCAUGAUGGGUCGCAUAUCAAGGGGCUAUUGAUUAAUUUUAUCCACACAUUUUGGCCAUCUCUGCUUAAGAUUCCUUCUUUCCUAGUGGAGUUCAUAACACCUGUUGUGAAGGCAAUUCAUAAAAAUGGAAGGGUCCUAUCCUUCUACUCUAUGCCAGAAUAUGAAUCAUGGAAGGAAAGCUUGGCGGGAAAUGCCAGUGGGUGGAGUAUCAAGUACUAUAAGGGGUUGGGAACAAGCACAUCAAAAGAAGGGAAGGAAUAUUUCAAGGAUCUUGACAUGCACAAGAAAGAUUUCAUCUGGAUAAAUGAGCAGGAUGGGGAUGCAAUUGAGCUUGCAUUUAGCAAGAAAAAAAUUGAAGCACGGAAGAAUUGGCUCCGGAAUUUUGAGCCUGGUACUUACCUUGAUCAGAAGGAGAAGUUCAUCAAGUACAGUGACUUCGUCAACAAGGAGCUUAUAUUGUUUUCAAUGGCUGAUCUGCAAAGAUCAAUCCCUUCAAUGGUUGACGGCCUUAAACCUGGUCAAAGGAAGAUUCUUUUCUGUGCUUUCAAGAGAAACUUCAUCAAAGAAGCAAAGGUUGCUCAGUUCUCAGGUUAUGUCUCUGAGCAUUCAGCUUACCAUCAUGGUGAACAGAGUCUCAUGAGUACCAUUAUUGGAAUGGCACAAGAUUAUGUAGGCAGUAACAACAUAAACCUUUUCCAACCAAAUGGCCAAUUUGGCACACGGCAUCAGGGAGGCAAAGAUCAUGCAAGUGCAAGGUACAUCUAUACCCGCCUGUCUCCCAUCACAAGAUUCCUUUUUCCCAAGGAUGAUGAUAUCCUCCUUGACUACUUGAAUGAAGAUGGGCAAUCCAUUGAACCCACUUGGUACAUGCCAAUUGUACCUAUGGUUCUAGUUAAUGGAAGUGAAGGAAUUGGGACUGGGUGGAGCUCCUACAUUCCUAACUAUAACCCAAGGGACAUUGUUGCAAAUAUAAGGCGUUUGUUGAAUGGUGAACCUAUGGAGGCCAUGGAUCCAUGGUACAAAGGCUUCAGGGGAUUGAUUGAGAAAACUGCAACAAAGGAAGCUGGGUCCAGCUACACUGUUAGUGGGAUUAUUGAGGACUCAGAUUACAGGGAGCACAACGAUGACACAACAGUACACUUUGAAGUAAUCCUGUCGGAGGAGAACUUGCAGGCAGCCAAGCAAGAGGGUUUGAUGAAAAAGUUUAAGCUCACCACUACAAUCAGCACAAGCAACAUGCACCUAUUUGAUCCAAAAGGCGUGAUUAAGAAAUAUGACAACCCAGAACAGAUUUUGUCUGCACUUCUUGAGGAGUUCUUUCAUUUGAGACUAGAAUUUUAUGAGAAGAGAAAGAAAGUGCUAUUGGACAAUCUUGAAUUGGAUUUACUGAAACUGGAUAACAAGGUCAGGUUCAUCCUCGGGGUUGUGAAAGGAGAGAUUAUUGUCAGCAACAGGAAGAGAGCCGAUCUAUUCCUCGAAUUGCAGCAGAAAGGUUUCACUCCAUUUCCGAAGAAAACCAAGACAGUUGAGGUGGCAGUGGCUGGUGCUACUGAAGAUGCAGAGGAAAAUGAAGAAAACUCAGAGGUUGUCAGCAGCAAAGGUGUACGAGCCAGCGAUUAUGAGUAUCUUCUGUCAAUGGCAAUUGGAACCCUGACACUGGAGAAGGUUCAGGAGCUCUGUGCGGAUAGCAAUAAGCUCAACCAUGAAGUUGAUGAGCUGAGAAAGGCAACCCCAAAGACCUUGUGGCUGAGAGACCUCGAUGCACUUGAGAAGGAGCUUGAUGAACAAGACAAGAAUGAUGCCCAGGCAGAGGAUGCAAGGAAGGAGUUGAAAAGCAGGGUGAUGAGUGAUGCAGGCUUGAAGGUUUCCAGACAGGCACCUAAAAAUCCACGGAAGACUAAUGCAAAGAAGAACAACAAUUUGGAGCCAGUGGCUGAAUCUGUAGCAGCAUCCGUUGGUUCUGCAAUGGAGACAGGAAACGUUGCUGAGGUGGCAAAACCCAAAGGCAGAGGUGGUCCAAUGAAAGCUUCUGCUAAAAAGCAGGACCAGCUCGCCCUAGCUGACAGUGAUGAGGAUGACGAAGACGUGCUUGAGCUAAAAGAACGAUUAGCUGCAUAUAACCUUGAUUCUUCUCCUGAUCAAUCAGCAGCAAUGGAAACUGAAGUGGCUAAACCACCGGCGGCACGAAAGAAAGGACCAAGUAAAAUGGCUGCUGCACAGAAGAAACACCCAUCAAGUUACACAGAAAAUUCAGAUGAUGAUGACGUAACGAUGCAUACCAUAGAAGAGAAUAUGAGAGAGAAUGGAAAUGACGAAGAUUUUGAGCCUGAGGCGGCUGGCCCAAGAGGAGGAAAGAAAGGUGGGAGAAAGCCUGCUGCAGCCAAAGUCAAGACAGCAGCUGCUAAACCCACUGCAGCAACCAAGAAAAGAGGACCGGCAAACAAGCAGCCGUCACUGUUGAGUCAGAAGCUAAUAACAGAGGUGCUGAAGCCCGUUGACAAUUCUGGGGUCUCACCGGAGAAGAAAGUAAGGAAGAUGAGGGCGUUCCCAUUCAACAGGAAGAGUGCUUCUGUGUUGGGAAGGGUCAGUGGAAAAGUUGGGGAGGUUUCUCCAAAGCUCAGCGAAGAAGAACCAGGUUCCUCUUCUGGUUCUGCUUCCACCAAUACCGAAGAGGUGAGUGAAGUGGUGGCAAGACCAAGACCACAGAGGGCGAAUAGGGGGAAGGCGAGGUAUGUGCUUAGCGAUUCCGAGAGUGAUGAUGCUGAAGAAGAUUCUGAUUUCAACGAGGAUGAAGAUUAGAUUAAUUUGGUCGGUGUGUUGAGAUCUGUUAGCUGAGACUAACUGGAAACAUGGACUCGUUUCCUAUUUCUACCAACUGAAGUUUCAAAGUUCAAGUGUCUGUAUUUUUCAACUGAAUGUUGAAUAUUAGAGGUUGUAAUUGCAAAUUGUGACACUGCAUGACUAUCUUGAAGUUGUGCCUGUCCAAAUAUCUAGUGUGGCUUUUUUCUGCAUCUGCAAGAGGAUU